CAGGUCACUUGGUACCACAAAGAUGGGGAGGAUGCUGGGCAGUCCUCUGGGCAACAGCCUUUUGCUUCUGGGCAAGAUCAUAUCCCCGACCGCUGCCAAGGCACUUGGAGAUGGUUUCUGCGCAUCGUACAGCUACGAAUGUCUAGUCGAGAGCAGCUGUGUGGACAAUGGCAACGGCACGUUCCGAUGUAGCUGUCCCGUUGGCACUUCUGGCACUGGCUUCAAGAAGGAGCUUGGGGGUGGAGGAUGCACAGGAACCUGCAAAAGCACCAGCGAGUGUCCGAGUUAUUCCAUCUGUGACUUGUCCACCACGCCCGGAGUGUGCAGGUGCAAUAAUCCUGGGUUCUCGGGAGAUGCUGUCCAAGGCUGCACAGAUAUCAACGAGUGCAACUUGCAAGGCACCACCUACAAGGCCUGCAGUGUGAAUGCCAUGUGCAUGAACAGCCCAGGGUCCUACAGCUGCGUGUGUCAGUCCCACUACAGAGGCGACGGCUACUCUUGCCAGUGGAUAUGUAGCAGUGCCGCAGAUUGUGCCCUGGGAAAGGCCACGUGUGUCAGACCUGGCGACUACUGUAAAUGUUUGAGCGGUUUCAGUGGUGACGGAAUCACAUGCGACGAUAUCGACGAGUGUGCUACAGGUACGAGCCGGUGCCCUGCAAACACUGUUUGUGUUAACACAAUCGGCAACUACACGUGCAAGUGUAGGCCAGGAUACGCACUCAAUCCGGACACAAAUACCUGCGUCGCUCUGGCGAGACACUGCGACGAACGCUACACAUGGGACAACAAAAUGAAGAGUGGCUACUUCACUGUCGACUUUGAUUUUGACGGGCCUAUGGAGCCGAAACAAGUGUACUGUGACGUACGUGCCGGCUACGCCAUCACAGAAAUCCAGUUUGGCAAAGGUGAGUCCUUCCCUCGAGAUGUGCCGAGGACAGCCGGCGAGGACAGGCCUGUAGACUACGGCAUGAAGAUCGAAGAACUGAGGCAACUCGUCGAUAACUCUCCAUACUGCUCACAGAUUGUAUCAUUGACAUGCACCUCAAAGUACGGGUCAGGAUCUGGAACUUUUUCGUGGAGAGAUGGCAAAGGUAACAGCCAGACCGCAUGGGGCGGAUCCAGUACUGCAGGAAAGUGUGCUUGCGGAGAAAUGAAUUCGUGCAUCAAGGGCAACUGUAACUGCGGCAACGGCGUGGAUGCGGUAGACAAGGGCAUCAUCUACAACAAGAAUCUGCUGCCCAUCCAGGCCAUCAGCUUCCCGUCCUCCGGCGGUGCUGCCGGCUACUAUGAGAUCGGCAGGCUUCGGUGCGCCAAGCAACCUGUGGACAUACCACGAAACUGCCACGAUGUUAAGUUCGUCAUUAAAGAGAAGUUUAACCUAGCGUACCCGAUCUGCCCUGAUGGUGUUCGCAUUUUUAUGGUCCAAUGUGACGUGGAGACAUACAAACAUACUGGUGUUUCCAAGGCACUUCUGACCAAUCCUGUGAUCGGUACAACGACAACCAACGGCGAGGAUAUAAAGUAUCUGGUAGAUCGUGAAUCCAUCGCUGCACUGAUUAACGGCUCCGUCUACUGCUCUCAACGCUUGGAAUACAAAUGUCGGUCAACUAGGUCUGCUGGUGGAGUACGAGUUACGAGCAGAAGUGGGGUUAUGAGUUACUUCCCUGGUGGAAGUAGCGAUCUCCCGGGAAGCUGUGGCUGUGGCCUCUCUGGCUCCUGUACUGCAGAUUCCACAGUUCUGUGCAGGUGUGACAGCUCUGCCGCCCUUCCUGCCUCUGACUUUGGCUUCAUCCUCGAUAAGAGCGACAUGCCAAUACUGAAUGUCCGGACGACUGCAACAGACGGAUCUCAAUACAUCGUUGGAUCGUUGGAUUGCGCAGAGAAACAGUUUGGCAUCGAACCUAACUGCGAGAAAUACCGACAGGGAGGCCUGACAAACAUUGACUACGGUCUCAUGAUUGAUCCCGACGGACCUGGAGGUAACUGUACCUCAUUCCCCGCACAAUGUAAGAUUGAUGAUGUGCAAGGCAUGACCAUUAUCAGACACGACAACCCUAAUGGGAUACGUGCAAGUGCCCCCUUCAAGGUGGUUCUAAAAUAUCUAAGGGCAAGCCCAGAUCAGCUGGCUCUCUUGAAGAAACGAUCAACUUACUGCAAGCAGACAAUUUCUCUGACAUACAGUGGUUCAAUAAGUCCAGCCAACAUUCAGCUGAAAUAUUCUGAUGGCAACUCCGGCAGCGUGGAGUCGGUCCUACCCUGUGUGCAGACCAGAACCUGCGCUUACACUACAGGCCAAGGGACGGAUUCCCUUGUGUUGUCAAGCUUGGACAAAGUUCCAGUGACCGAAGUUAGUGCUUCGUCGUCAGCCUUCUCGGGAACUGCAAGUGUUACGAUGAAGAUAGGACCGUUAGAGUGUGCAGAAAUUUUCCCCGACUGCGCAACAUAUCUUAACUUUGUGAAGACUCAAGGCGUAGAGGGGGAGGUGAACAUCAUGAAGGACCUUCUGACAGUUGAUCCUGAUGCUGAAGGAGAGGGCGCUCCCUUCACCGUGUCAUGCAUCUACUCGGACUCAUACAUCGACAGACCCGUCACCUAUUCAAACAGAAUAACGCAAAGGCCAAAGCAAGGGCCCAUCACCCAGUGUUUCACCAUUUCGUACCAAGACCAAGGUGGCAGAAACAUCUCCGAAGGUCAGCUCGCAGCUUUUGUAAAAGGAAACCGCCGAUGCCAGCAAAGUCUACAAAUUGGAGCUCAGGGCGCUCCCGUGGUUAAUUAUGCCACCAUUAGACGAUGUGGCAGCAAUGUGACAGAACCCACUCUGGUAUCUGCCCUGAGCAGUUCCUACUGCGAGUGUGGCAUUCACGGCUUGUGUGACUCUGGACCCACUGCCCAGUGUAACGGCGAUGCUGCCCCCUGAAUCCGUGGACCCCCUACACGGAUAACAACCUAAUCAUGGAGAAAGAAAGAUUGCCAAUUUGCGAAGUGUGUCUGCGCGUUGACGCGUAUCCAACCGGUGCUAAUUCAAGUUGGCCCUCCCGAUCGUUGAGGUAUUACGUCGGACAACUUUCGUGCGGACCAACGAUGC